AGCCCCAAGGAUUAUCCAGAGACUUCUUCACUAUCAAGCCGUCUAGCCAGCUAAAUCUGGAGAUCAUCCACCGUCGAUAACUCUGUAUCAAUCCCUGCUCCGAUCAAGUUUGACAUCAUCGCUCAAGUGGAAGAGCCCUCAAGAUAUAUCUCGCGAUACUUAUACUUGCCGCGAACCAUUCAUUAUCUGGGAUAAAUUUUUUUGAAGGAUUUGGAAUCAUAUCCGACAAACUUCCUUUUUCUUCCCCUCAUGCCAGAGUCAUCCUUGUCUAUAAAAUCCACAAGUCUCACUGGCCAAGUCGAGCAUGAUAAUCUGACUGUCCAUGCCACAAAUUCAUAUCCCUUUUGGCUAGGUGGACUGGCUGCUUCAAUGGCUGCGAUCUGUACCCAUCCGCUUGAUAUGGCCAAAGUCCGAAUGCAAACCGGUCCAACGCGUUCAAUGUUACAGACUCUCGUCAGUGCCGUCAAACUAGAAGGUCUUCGGAAGGGCGCCUACGUUGGACUCUCGGCCUCCCUGGCUAGACAGAUGACCUAUUCAGUCACCCGGUUCGGCGUCUACGAUAAUUUGAAACUGAUGCUCGCAAGUCAUAGCGGGAACCCAGAUACGGCCAAACUGCCUUGUUAUCAUCUCGCCAUCGCUGCUAGCUUGGCUGGUGCUGCCGGUGGGCUAGCUGGGAACCCGGCCGAUGUUAUCCUUGUAAGGAUGACUAGUGAUAUCAAUCACCCGGUCGAAAAACGAAAAGGGUACAAGAAUUGUUUUCAAGCCCUGUUCCGCAUGAUCCGAGAAGAAGGUUUCGGCAGCCUUACAAGGGGCCUGGGCCCUAAUCUUUCUCGAUCAAUCCUGAUGAACGCAAGUCAGUUGGCAACAUACGAUAGCAUCAAGGAGGGGUUACUAAACACCAAAUUCUUCCAUGAAGGCCUUUGGCUACAUUUUUGCGCAAGUUCAAUGGCUGGAGCUAUAGCUACGACAAUAUGUUCGCCAUUCGAUGUCGUUAAAUCACGUAUCAUGAAUACCAUACCAGGAAGUGCCACGGUACCUCAGGUGAUUCGACAGUCAUUCAGAAGCGAGGGCGUCGGCUGGAUAUUCCGGGGAUGGACGCCUGCUUUCAUACGAUUAGGACCCAAUACAGUUAUCAUUUUUGUUGGACUUGAACAAUUGAGAAUCGCGACGGACUUCAUCAAGAAUAGAUGAAUACAUCAGUCUUGAAGAGAAUCGUUUCAAAUAUUGACGGUUUCUUUCGUUUUCCUCCCCUUCCCCCCUCUCUCCCUGAUUCUUUGAAUAUCGUAUGAUUUGUAUCAUUUCGCCCGAUCCCCAUCUUAUUCUCAUUCUCCUCGUCGCAUCGUUGAACCCCCAUGACUGUCUCACAAUAAUAAUAACUUGCAGAUUCACAAUCAUCUAGGUAAAUUAAUCUUCUCGCACCGCUUUUCAACGUCGAUUAUACGCAACUAUCUAUACAAAGUAUGCACAUAUAUACCUCCGCGCAGAAGACAACAUCAGCAAAAACCCUCAAAUUGUAUAUAGAUCGAUCGUGUAUAUAAACAGUAGUAUGAAGAAGAAAACUUUAUGAUGGACUUUACAUUGUCAAUUCAACCUUUAAGUAGUUUGACCUGAAUGUAGUUUGAAUCGAAGUUGUAAUCAGUGUUCACCAGACAAUGGCUUGCAUUAAUAUAGGAACAGUAAGAUUGAGCUCUGUCUUG